AUGCCUAUGAAUGUGUGUGAUCUAAUGAAUUCUGAAGGGAACUGGGAUAUGAAUGUUAUUAGAAAGUAUAUUGAUAACUCUUCUCAUAAUUCUAUUAACUCUGUAGUUAUUAAUCUUUGCUUGCAUGAUAGAAUUAGAUGGAAAUCUACUAUUUCUGGAAAUUUGACUACUAAGUCUGUUUACAAUUUCUUGACUAAUCUAACUAUUGAUAAGGAUGAAGAAAGAUUUUGGAAGCAAAUUUGGAACCUUAAUAUUCUUCCUAAAGUAAAUAUGUUUUGCUGGAAAGUGGUGUCUAAUGCUCUUGCAUUAGGGAAAAACAUGUCCAAGUAUGUUAAGGACUAUAAGCCUUAUUGUUUGCUUUGUAAUUCUCAUGACAUUAAAGAUGAAAUGCAUCUAAAUAGUGUGCAGUUUGAUAAGGCAGUGCCUAAUGUGCAUAAGCUAAUUGAUUUAGUUAAAGUUUCCCACCAAAAGUUCAAUAUUCCAAGGCACAACAAAACUAGUCAUGAUUCUGUCACAGAUAAGAAAUUACAAAAUGAUAAUCCCACAAAUGGAAGAUGCACUUAUGAUUGGUUUAUUCAUUUUGAUGCAUCCUUUCUUGAAGAUGACUUUUCUAUGGGUUACACAAUCUCAAUUCUGGAUAAAACAGGAGACAGGAAGCAUUGUCGAGCAGGUUGCAGCUGGGAUUCAUUCCCAUUAGAGGCAGAAACAAAAGCAUGA